AGCAAACACUUCAGCUUUGUCUGUCAUGUUUGGAUGGAUCAAGAGAUCUGGACCAGGUCAUAGCUCAAAGGGCCAGCAAGUGUUUAGCAUCGCUGUACAGAACAGGAAAUAAAGCUACCAUGGCCGAUCAAUGGAGAGAUAUGCUAUUGCGACUUAUUGGAUCUGUGCACCAGUGCCUAAACCGACUCUUUGAUACAGUUGAUGAAGGUAAAUAUCGGACCGACACAUAAAACAUACUAAUGAUCCGGUUAGAAUCUUUUGAAUUCGACGCAUCCUCUAGCUAUCCUUUCCGUUCUGUGGAGAGAGACUAUGUUGAAGCCUUCCCUCUUCUUUUGAAACGAGUUCAGUUGCUUCAGGACUCUAUUUCUACAUUUUUGACAACUGCUACCCAUGUGCCUGUUCGUGUUCCUGUAGUGCAAUUGGUUGAUCUUUUAUGUCGUAUUUACAAUGUCUUUGAUGGCUCUCUGAUGCGUGAUUAUAAAGAUAGAAGUGAGUUUUUUAGUGUAAUGAUGUGCUUGCCUACACUACACUUCAAUACAACCAAGGUAUUCAGCAGCUUGCUUUACUGUACUGGACAAGAGAUGUUUCGAUACAGUAAGCUUUUUUCAAAAAUACUUCACCGUCUGCUGACUGAAUAUAAGCACAAGAGAACAUUAAGACUGUCAGUGUACAAGCUGAUAAGACUAUGCCUUGAAAAAUGUGGUUACACUUUUGCUGAAAACUUCACUAAACCCUUGAUCGCUGCCAUAUUAGAAGACUUACAGACUGUAAAACACAAGCCCACCAGCCUGGUGAUGCCUAGCCAGCAAAAAGGAUCACACAAAAAGCGAAAGACAGAGGUCACGAAUUCUGAUUCUAUAACAUCCAGACUUGUUUCGUCAGCGUCAGGAGAUGUUCAAGCAGCUGCUUUACAAACCUUGGCCACCUUUUUAGAUGUCUUUGGCUUUGCCCUUGAAAAUGCGCAACGCGCAUCAAUUGACUCGACUGUUCUGAUGAGACUCUUACAAACAGUGCAACCUUCGAAUAUGUCUAGUGAAGAGGUUAAUCUUGUCAAGGUUGAAUUAUAUAACUGUCUGUUAGCCUCUGUUACACGCCCUAUGGAAGCACAGGCUAGUAUCCUCCCUCAUGCUGUUCGCUUGUUCACUGCUGGUAUGAAUGACUCCACUCACGAGUUGCAAACGAUCUGUAAAAGAGGACUGACGAUCUGUGACCUUAUCACGCAUGCACGACUGCCUCCUAUUCAGCGUGCUCUACCCAAAGAGUCACCUGUUGUUCAGUUGGAUGCACCCGUUGUGGAAAAGAAAGUAGAAAAGAAGGCGGUUGAAAUGGUAAGAGAAGUAGAUAAUGGUCCUCAAUCCAAAGACAGAGAGGCAACAGAUAUACAAGUUCAGCGUACUUCGCCCAAGGAACCACCUGUUGUUCAUUGGAAUACGCCUGCUGUGGAAAAGAAAGUAGAAAAGAUAGUGGCUGAAGAGGUAAAAGAAGAAUCUCAGUCAAAAAGCGACGAGUCAAUGGAUUUGAAAGAAGAGGUGCCAGUUUUCAAUGUUCCAGUUCUGCCCAAGGAAUCGCCUAUUGCCCAUUUGAAUACAGUUGUUAUGGAAGAAGAAGCGGAGCAGACGACGAUCGAGGUGGAGAUGAAGACAGCUGAAGAGAUGGAUGCACAGAACGAAGAGCCACAAUCAAAAGACAGCGAGGCAAUAGAUAUAGAAGAGGAGAUGCCAGCUUUUGAUAUUCCAGAUAUUGAUAUGGCAGGUCCAGAUAGUGAUGUUGAAGAUGAUGAAUAAAGUUGUACCUUUAUAAUUCCCUUUUAAUGUAAUGUUGCUUUAUACCACCAUUGCUAUUAUGUGAAUAAACACCCGGUUUUAUUUAGAUGUAGACAAAUAAUGGUCUAGCUUUGGCCAUUACUCGGAAGAACAUAGUCAUACAAGAGUUUUACAAUGGACGGAUAAGGUUUGGUUCGUCUUUAGCAUCCCGUAAAUAAGAAAUCGUA